AUGAAAACCUAUUCUCAAGUUAAUCUUCUAAAGCGUCAGUUUGCCUGGAGAACAGCAGAUUCAGCAGAAGGGAGGCAACUCCUGUUCAUUCACGCCACUUUAAAUAGGAACCGACCUAACAAAACUUCUCCCACCGAAACACUGGAGGCUAGCUAUAAUGACAGUGAUGACACUGAAACACUGGAGGCUAACUAUACUGACAGUGACGACACUGAAACACUGGAGGCUAACUAUACUGACAGUGACGACACUGAAACACUGGAGGCUAACUAUACUGACAGUGACGACACCGAAACACUGGAGGCUAACUAUACUGACAGUGACGACACCGAAACACUGGAGGCUAACUAUACUGACAGUGACGACACUGAAACACUGGAGGCUAACUAUACUGACAGUGACGAUACCGAAACACUCGAGGCUAACUAUACUGACAGUGACGACACUGAAACACUGGAGGCUAACUAUAGUGACAGUGACGACACCGAAACACUGGAGGCUAACUAUACUGACAGUGAUGACACCGAAACACUGGAGGCUAAGUAUACUGACAGUGACGACACUGAAACACUGGAGGCUAACUAUACUGACAGUGACGACACUGAAACACUGGAGGCUAACUAUACUGACAGUGACGACACAGAAACACUGGAGGCUAACUAUACUGACAGUGACGGCACUGAAACACUGGAUGCUAAGUAUACUGACAGUGACGGCACUGAAACACUGGAGGCUAACUAUACUGACAGUGACGACACUGAAACACUGGAGGCUAACUAUACUGACAGUGACGACACUGAAACACUGGAGGCUAACUAUACUGACAGUGACGACACUGAAACACUGGAGGCUAACUAUACUGACAGUGACGACACUGAAACACUGGAGGCUAAAUAUACUGACAGUGACGACACUGAAACACUGGAGGCUAACUAUACUGACAGUGACGACACUGAAACACUGGAGGCUAACUAUACUGACAGUGACGACACCGAAACACUGGAGGCUAACUAUACUGACAGUGACGACACCGAAACACUGGAGGCUAACUAUACUGACAGUGACGACACCGAAACACUGGAGGCUAACUAG